UUUCAAAGUAAACACCAUCUAGAUCAAGGUCUGCUGAAACUCAAUUAGCUACCUUUUUUAUGGUCAACCCCAUAAUUCAAUGUAUAGAUAGAUAGCUGUUGCUUAGAAAAAGCUAAACUGCUAGCGGUAUUGUAUUGGUAUGGGAUGGGUUUGUUGCAUUUUGUAUGUUUUAUUAGCCUUUCUGUGUAUUUUCUGCAAUCUUGGAGCGAGCACCGAUAGUCUCAGACGUGGCGAAUCGAUUACUCCAAACCAGACUUUAAUCUCAGCCGGCGGGAACUUCGCGUUAGGAUUCUUCCGCCCCGGGAACUCUUCUUCUUCUUCUUUGUUUCUCGGGAUAUGGUACAAUUCCAUCAACAAAACUGUGAUCUGGGUCGCUAAUAGAGAAUCUCCGCUGCGUCAAGAUUCUGAAGCCGUUUUCACACUCGGGUAUGAUGGGAAUUUGCAGCUUUUGGACGGCGGCGGAAGAAAUAUUAUAUGGUCAACCAAUAUCUCAAGCGGCGGCGGCGGAGGAUCCACGGCCGCCCAACUGCAAGAUACGGGAGAUCUUGUUGUGAAGCAGGGUGAGAGCAACGUUUGGGAAAGCUUCGAUGGCGACAGCGAUACAUUAAUGCCGGAGAUGAGGCUAAAGGUAAACAAGAAAACCGGAAAACGGAACGUGAUAAGAUGUUGGAGUAGCAGUGAUGAUCCCCGGCCAGGGAAAUUCUCGUGGGGAAUGGAUCCUAAAGGAUCUCCCCAGUUUUUUAUUUGGAAAGAAGAUAAACCUUAUUAUAGGAGCCCCACGUCACAGCAAGGGUUUACUUACAGUGUUUACUUUCCCUCAGGGGGAUAUGCAAUUUAUUCUUAUGCUACAGAAAAUGAUGAAGAAAAUUUCAGCUUUAGAUAUACUAACACCUCAAUUCAAUCAAGGUUCGUUUUGACUCCGGAAGGUCAUAUUCAGUUUCUGUUGAAGCAAAAAACAAGUGAUCAAUGGUCGAGGCUGUGGGAGGCGCCAGCCACUGAGUGUGAAGUAUAUGCACACUGUGGUUCAUUUGGAAGCUGUGAGAGAUUCGAUGCCCACUCGGUUUGCCGUUGCUUGGAAGGGUUUAAACCAAGAUCACAGAGAGAUUGGGAUAAGGGGAAGUAUGAUGGAGGGUGUGAGAGGAGCAUAGCCUUGGGAUGUGGAGAAGAUGAUACAUUCAUGAAGCUGCAGAUGAUGAAAUGGCCUGACCAUGCAUCUUCACUGGGAAAUAUGACAUUUAAGGAAUGUGAAAUGGAGUGUUCUAAGAACUGCAACUGCACCGCUUUUGGGUAUUCAAAUAUCAAUUCUUUCUCUGCAGUAAAUUGUAUAAACUGGUUUGGCGACUUAGUCGAUUUGGUACAUAACUAUACAUCUGGAGGUUUCGGCCAAGAUCUUUAUGUUCGUGUUCAUUCGUCUGAGCUAAAUGGAAGCAGUGGAAAUGAUCAUUCAUCUCACAAAAGCAAAUCUCGUCUUGUUGCAAUAAUAGUGGCCUCAGUCUCUGCAUUCUUUCUUAUUUUUGUUUUGGUGUAUAUCCUAACCUGGAAAUACUGUGGAAGAAAAGGUUGGGUUUGUAAAAAGUCUACGGACUCAUCUGAUGCACCCCUUCUCGGUAAAGACGAUAUAGAGUUGCUACAGCUCAGUUUCAGGAGAAUAAUUGAUGCUACAAACAACUUCGAUGAAGUGAACAAACUCGGAGAGGGAGGUUUUGGUCCUGUUUAUAAGGGAUUUUUGUCAGAAUUUGGGAUGGUAGCCAUCAAGAGAUUAUCUAGGCAAUCAUCUCAAGGCUUGAAGGAGUUCAUGAAUGAGCUGAAGCUAAUUGCAAAACUACAGCAUACUAAUCUUGUGCGCCUAUUGGGUUGCUGCAUUGAGGGUGAAGAAAAAAUAUUAAUCUAUGAGUACCUGUCCAAGACAAGUCUAGACAAGUUCUUAUUUGAUGCAUUUCAGAAAGAAAAUUUAGAUUGGAACACGCGGUUUCAAAUAAUAGAGGGAGUUGCUCAAGGAAUUCUUUAUCUUCACAAGUACUCUAGAUUGAAAGUCAUUCAUCGGGACUUAAAAGCAAGCAAUAUUUUACUUGAUGAAGCAAUGAAACCCAAAAUAUCAGAUUUUGGGAUGGCAAGAAUUUUUGUGAUGGACCAAACUCAGGAGAAAACAAAUCAUGUGGUUGGAACAUAUGGUUAUAUUCCACCGGAAUAUGUAUUGCAUGGUCAAUUUUCGGAGAAAUCCGAUGUAUACAGUUUUGGAGUGCUGCUAUUGGAAACUGUUAGUGGCCAAAAGAAUUCUAAUUUUUUUCAGACUCAACUAUCUGUCACCCUCCUAGGAUGGGCAUGGGAAAACUGGAAAGAUGGAAAACCACUUGAAUUUAUUGAUAUAGCUAUAAAGGAAUCUUGUGACUCUCUCAAAGUCAUAAGAUGUAUUGAGGUGGGACUUCUAUGCGUCCAAGCUAUUCCAACAGAUAGACCAACAAUGUCUGAUGUAGUUCGAAUGUUGAGCAAUGAUCCUACAACACCAAUUCCACAACUCAAAGAACCUGCAUUUGUUUCGAGCAAUUCUAAUUCCAGUAUUUGUACUUCUCAUCCUAAUUCUAAAAAUGAGAUUACAAUAAGUAUUCUCGAUCCUCGGUAACGGAUUUGUCAAUUUCUGUAAAUAUUUUAUGCCCUUGUCAGCUAUUAUACUAGUUUGUUAUAGGUCUGCAUCUGGUUUCAUAGUCAAAUGUUUCAUAUGGUUGCCAA